UAGAAUAGUGUUUCUUGUAACCUUGUUUGUAGUCAUGGAAAAACAACAAUCUUAUUUUUUUUCUCAAUUCUCACCUUGUCAUUUCUCUAUAUAACAUUACUACUCUUUAUUAUUAUUCUGAUGAAAAAAAGUCAACUGCAGCUUAUUUCAUAUAUUUUUUAUAUUUAAAUUAAAAUUUAUAUUGAAAUAUGCAUAAUUAAUGAAAGGCAAAGAAUGGCAUUACCGGCAAAAAUAAAAAAACUUGAUCAAGUUGUUGUUAAUCGUAUUGCUGCUGGUGAAAUUAUUCAAAAACCAGCAAAUGCUUUAAAAGAAUUAAUAGAAAACAGUCUUGACGCUAAAUCAACAGAUAUUCAAAUAACAAUAAAAGAUGGUGGAUUAAAACUAUUACAGAUUCAAGAUAAUGGUACUGGAAUCCGUAAAGAUGAUCUUGAAAUAGUAUGUGAGCGUUUUACAACUAGUAAAUUACAGACAUUUGAGGAUUUACAUACAAUAUCAACAUACGGAUUUCGUGGUGAAGCUCUAGCCAGUAUCAGUCAUGUAGCUCAAUUAACGAUAACAACUAAAACAGCUCAAGAUAAAGUUGCUUAUAAAGCUUUUUAUAUAGAUGGUAAACUAAAAGGACCUCCAAAAGUAUUAGCUGGUAAUCAAGGAACUACAAUAACUAUUGAAAAUUUAUUUUACAAUGUUCCACAACGUAAAAGAGCUCUUGAUAAUAUAAGUGAACAAUUCACACUUAUAACUGAAGUUGUUACACGUUAUGCUAUUCAUAAUUCAUCAGUUGGAUUUACUUUAAAAAAACAAGGUGAAAAUACACCAUAUGUACGUACUCCUUUUAAAUCAACAAAGAUAAAUAAUAUUAAAAAUUUAUUUGGCCCAACAAUUUCCCGUGAAUUAAUAUCAAUAAAACUUGAUGAUUCAGCUUAUAAAUUUAAACUUGAAGCUUUAAUUACAAAUCCAAAUUAUUCAAAUAAAAAAUUAUUAUUUUUAUUAUUUAUAAAUAAUCGGCUUGUCGAAUCUACGUCAAUUAAAAAAAUGUUGGAUGAUUUAUAUUCUAUUUAUUUACCAAAAAAAACUCAUCCAUGGUGUUAUAUUUCACUUGAAAUAGAUCCAAAUAAUGUUGAUGUUAAUGUUCAUCCUACUAAAUCUCAAGUUAAAUUUUUACAUGAAGAAGCUAUUGUUGAACGAGUUAAAGGUGCAUUAGAUGAAAAAUUAUCUUGUAAUAGUGCUUCAAGGACUUUUUAUGCUCAAGCUAGAUUACCUCAAGUUGAUGUUACUAAAGAAGCUUUAACGGAAGUACUUCCAGAAUUUACAUCUUCAACACCAUCAACAUUAUCAACAACAACAAUAUCAAAUGUUAAUAAAAAUAAAAUUCAAGCUAAACAAAUGAUUCGUACUGAUCAUCAGGAACAGAAGCUUGAAAAAUUUCGUUUUACUAUUAAUUCACAAAAAAAUAAUAGCAAUAAUUUAUUAACUGAUAUCUAUAAUGAAGAUAUUGAAUUAAAUAAAGUCAAUUACAAUAAUGAUAAUGAGACAUUGACUGAAACUCAAAGUAGUUCAAUUAUCGAAUUAUUUACCGAUGAAAAUUCAUUCAAGGAGACUACAACAACUAAUGAUGAUAAUCAUAAUAAUGAUGAUGAUGAUGAGUCUGCUAUAAUAUCUGAGCCAGCUGACAGAGCUUUAAAAAAAGUUCAACUUUUAUUUGGUGAAUCUCAAGAGCCUUGUAAUUCGCAAAAUAAUAAUAUAAAAAUUAAUAAUUUAAAAGAAUUUGACGGUAAUGAUAAAGAAAAAGUUGAUUAUCAACAGCAACAAUUAGAAUUUAAUCCAUUGUUUUCAGAUAUUAUUGAAGAAUUAACAACCAAUUCAAAUAAUAUUAAAGAAUCAAUUUCAAUUAACAAUGAUGAUAAUACUGAUGAUAAUGAUGACAAGAAAUGUCUUAUUGAAGAAAAAAAUAAUUUACCAUUUAAAUCAUAUUCAAUAAAUUCUUUUCGUCGUAAAGUAGAACUGACUAGUGUUUUAAAACUUCGUAAAAAUAUUGAGGAUAAUUAUCAUAGAGGAUUAAGAAAAAUAUUAUCUGAAAUGAUAUUUAUUGGAUGUAUUGAUGAAAAUUUAGUAUUAUUUCAAAGUGAUGUUAAUUUAUAUAUUUGUAAAACAAAACAUUUAAUUAAUGAAUUAUUUUAUGAAAUAAUGCUUUAUGAUUUUGCAAAUUAUGGAGUACUGAAAUUUUCAUCAAGUUUAUCAUUAAUUGAGUUGGCAAAAAUAGGAUUAGAUAAUCCUGAGUCUGGAUGGUCUAAAAAAUCUGAAACAGAUAAAGAAUCUAAAGAAGCUGUUGCUGAAAAAAUUAGUAACUUAUUAAUUAGUAAAGCUGAUAUGUUAAAAGAAUAUUUUUCUAUUGUUAUUACUAAAAAUGGAUUAAUUAGAUCAUUACCAGUUUUGUUAGAAGAUUAUUGUCCUUAUGUAGCCGGAGAAUUGCCAAUGUACAUUUGUCGGCUUGCAACUCAAGUUGAUUGGACUAAUGAGCAAAAAUGCUUUGAUGGUAUUUGUAGAGAAACUGCUAAAUUUUAUAGUAAUAUAAAUUAUUAUGAAAAACAAGAAAAUGCCAAUAGUGAUAAUAAUAACUGGAAAUAUUUAAUUGAGCAUAUUCUUUUUCCUGCGAUAAAAUCAAGUUUACUUCCACCAAAAGAAUUUGCUCAUGACUCAAGUAUUUUACAAAUUGCCAGUUUACCUAAUUUAUAUAAAGUAUUUGAACGUUGUUAAUUUAAUCAUUAUUAUAAUUUGUAUAUACUUAAUA